GAUUUUAAAAUAAAAACAUAUUUUGGGUUCAGAGGAGAACAGUUUGGUCAUAAAACUAAAAUCUUGAAGGAGAUUGAUUUUAUGCAACAGAUCUGUGAUACAAUAGGAGGAGAAUACACUGAACCUGAACCUGCUCCUACCCCAGCACCUCCUGCCCCUCCUCCCCAGAAUCCUGUUCGGCUGAAAAGAAAUGUAUCUUUGGCUCACGAUGCUGCCGCUUCUCUUACACAUCAUUAAUCGAUAAUUGAUCUGUCGAUUUUCAAUUGAUUUAUCAAUCUAUCUACAGUUUGAGGGACCUGGAAAUUAUUAAACCUAGCAUAAACUUGAUGACCAGACAUGUAAAUUGAGCUUUAUCAAAAUUGCGAAUUGUCGCUUCUUUUAACCAUUUAUUUCUCUCUAUUAAGAUGCCUUAAAAAUAUAUAUAUAUAUAAUAUAUUUUAAACUUACUUUCCAAGAAAGGAAAAUUCGAUUACUUUCAGAUAAAAUGGCGGAUCAGUUGAAUGGAAAUGGUAAACGCGGCAUUGAUGAAAUCCACGAAGAAUCAACUGAUCCAACGGGAUCAGCUGUUGUUAGUGAAUUAGCUGAUGAUGGUGUUACUAUGCUGGAUGUAUUGCAAGAUGAGCAAGAGUUAGAAGAGGAUGCGAAUGCUGUCUUGGGAGCAGGAGACGAUAAGAACUGUAGCUAUGAUCAGGGUUAUGUAAAAAGACAAGCACUUUAUGCCUGCACUACAUGCUCAGUGCCAAGUUCUCCAGACUUCAAACCUGCAGGAAUUUGUUUGGCCUGUUCCUAUCAUUGCCAUGAUGGACACGAGAUGGUGGAACUGUACACAAAGAGGAACUUCAAGUGUGACUGUGGUACACCCAGGUCUGGACUGACAGCAUGUAAGCUUCGACCUGGAAAGAUUGAGAAUGAGAACGUGUAUAAUCAGAAUUACUCCGGAACUUACUGCUCCUGCUGUCGACCCUACCCUGAUCCACAGGAUCCAAUCCAGGAUCAGAUGAUCCAAUGUAUUGUCUGUGAAGAUUGGUAUCAUGGUCGCCAUCUUGGAUUGGGGGCCGGGCCCCCUGAGGACUCAUCGUAUGCGGAGAUGAUCUGUUUGCAUUGUGUUGCCAAAUAUCCUAUUCUAAACCAUUACCAGGGACUGCAGAAUACAGGGGGAGCUCGAGAUAAAGAUGAAUCUGUUAAUGUUAAUGUUGUUGACGUUGAAGUCAACAAAACAGUUGAUUCUAGUACUCCAGAUUCCUUGGAACCUGUCUGUAAACUACCAACCAAUAAUCCUGAGUUGACCGGAACCAUGUUUCUCCCUGAAAACUGGCGCAGUAGCCUGUGCCAGUGUUCCUCCUGUGUUCUACAGUAUACUCAACACAACAUUAGUUUCCUUCUUGAUAACACAGAUACUGUCCAUUAUUAUGAAUCUCAAGGGCUGAGCGAAAAAGGACAGUUUGAGCAGGGCAUGGAAGUUCUCUCCCAGAUGGACAGGGUUAAGCAGGUCCAGGCCAUAUCCAUGUACAACAACAUGAAGACUGAUCUCAUGGGCUUCCUCGCCGACUUCGCCAGGGAGGGGAAGGUCGUCAAACAAGAAGAUAUUCAAAACUUCUUUCAGGAGAUGAAGUCCAAGAAGCGUCCCAAGUUGGAUCUGCCCCCUCCAGACACCUGUAAAUAGUUGGAUAUAUACUAGACACGUUUAAAUAGUUGGAUCUAUACCAGACACGUGUAAAUAGUUGGAUAUAUAUAUAAUAGACACGUGUAAAUAGUUGGAUAUAUACCAGACAUGUGUAAAUAGUGGGAUAUAUACUAGACACGUGUAAAUAGUUGGAUAUAUAUAAUAGACACGUGUAAAUAGUUGGAUAUAUACUAGACAUGUGUAAAUAGUUGGAUAUAUACCAGACACGUGUAAAUAGUUGGAUAUAUAUAAUAGACACGUGUAAAUAGUUGGAUAAAUACUAGACAUGUGUAAAUAGUUGGAUAUAUACUAGACACGUCGUGUAAAUAGUUUGAUAUAUACUAGACACCUGUAAAUAGUUGGAUCUAUACUAGACACGUGUAAAUAGUUUGAUAUAUACUAGACACGUGUAAAUAGUCGUAUAUAUACUAGACACGUGUAAAUAGUUGGAUAUAUACCAGACACGUGUAAAUAGUUGGAUAUAUACUAGACACGUGUAAAUUGUUGGAUCUAUACCAAACACGUGUAAAUAGUUGAAUCUAUACCAAACACGUGCAAAUGGUUGGAUCUAUAUCAAACACGUGUAAAUAGUUGGAUCAAACACGUGUAAAAAUUAAAUAUUUGAAUCCGUAUCUAUUUCUAUCCCGGUGCAUUCGUCCAAUGUUUCCUAAAGAUCUCACAUUUUUUAUUUUUGUUAAAUUGUUCCAAAUCUGUUAGCAAUAUGCAUUUAAUUCAAAAUAAAAAUAAACAUAUCAAUAUCUUU